AUGGAAACCCGCACGUAUGCUGUGGUGGGUUCGACAGGAAACUGCGGCACAGCCUUGAUCGAAAACCUGUGGAAACGGGACAAUUCUAUAAUUCAUGCCUACUGCCGCAACCGGGCCAAGCUACUUCAAAAGCUCCCUUUCACCCAGGGCAGCAAGCGCGUGGCCAUAUUCGAGGGCGGUAUCGACGACGUCCCGCUGAUGGUCCAAUGCGUCACUGGCUGUCGGGCUAUUUUUCUGGUGGUCUCAACCAACGACAAUAUCCCGGGCUGCAGUCUCGGCCAAGACACAGCCAAAAGUCUGAUCACGGCCCUCUGUGAUAUCAAAGAUGAAAUCACCACCAACCCCAACCAGAACGGCAGCACCGGCACUCUUCUGCCCAAGAUUGUUCUUUUGUCAUCGUCGACACUGGAUGACCAUCUGUCGCGGCAUUUGCCACCAACACUUCGCCGGCUGCUGGUUCGGGCUGCAUCUCACGUCUACAAUGACCUUGCCGAGACUGAGAAGCUGCUGCGGGCCGAGAAGGACUGGCUGACUAGUUUGUAUGCCAUGCCCGGUGCGCUGUCGGUCGACAUCCAGCGGGACCACGCUAUUAGCCUCACUGAUCAUGACGGGCCUCUGUCCUAUCUAGACCUAGCUGCCGCCAUGAUCGAAGCCGUGGAUGAUGAGGCCGGGCAAGCAGUUACAAUGGCCCAAACGUCUACGCGCGAGAUCCAGGCUGCCACGCUACAGCGCUUCAUCGAGGGCUGGGCCUCCUGGACUCCCGAGGGCUUCCUAGAUUCCUGGUCCGACAACUGCACGCAGCAAAACCUGCCCUUUUGCCAGAACUCACCAGUCAAGACCCGCGAGACCGUCGUCCUCUUCUUUCCCAUUCUCAUGUCGAUUUUGACUAACUUCAAGCUCAAAGUUCACAAUAUUGUACACGAAUCGGAGACGGGCAAGGCGGCCAUAUACGCGCAAACGACGGCCGACUCGCCGUGGGGCCCUUACCAGAACGAGUAUGCACUCUUUUUGUGGUUUGACAAGACUGGCGAAAAGGUCCAAAACAUCGAGGAGCUCUUUGACACUAUCGUGAUGGACACAUUUCUACCCAAGAUUCAGGCGUGUACGAAUGAGAUUAUGGCCAAGAAGAAGAGGGCAGCUGCCAGUGGCACCAAUCCAGCUGUGGCCACUGAAACGGCCGUGGUAAACAGCACUGUAGGAGAGCUGCCGCCAACAUAG